AGCCUACAGUGCAAACUUGCAACAACGCAGAAGGUUAAUGCAGUCUGCAGUCUUAAAUACUUCUGUGCUUGCAGUGGUUUGGGUUAAUCAGGAUGCAUUAAGUUUGAUAUAAAAGUGCUCUUCAACCUCCGACCUGCUUCCAACGGUAUAUCACAGUGGUUACCAGUGAUCAUUCUUCGGUGCAGGAGUGCACUUCAUCACGUUAACUUCCAAAGAUGAUGCUGUGGUCCGUGGUUCUUGACGAGGAAGAAGGAGAUGUUUUCAUCGUACCAGACAGUUAUAUCAAAGUUGUCGAUGAUUCCAAAAAUCUUGUUGAAACUUCUUGGGCUCAGGUGUCAAAAGACAAAUUAAAAUGCACAUUAGCAAUGGAAAAAAAUCCUGAUGGUCCACUUCCUGAAUGGCCAAAGUACACUGGCACUCUCGUGGCCAGUAAAAAGUCCAAAGUUGAAGCCCUAAAGAAAUGCAGAAAAAUCGAGGCACUCUUGUUGAAUCCAACUGAGCACACUAAAUCAGAUAUUGACACCACGGAUGUGGAGAAAAAGAGGAAGUCGAAGUCAACAAACAGAUAUACUCCGAGCACGAGCAAGUCAGGCCGAAAAGAGUCAAUUCUUCCCAUAUAUCCAGGACAGGAAAAGGGAUUUUCGCAAAGAAGUGAAACCUCACCUGAUCAUCUGGACGAUAUGAUAUUUGAUGUGAGUGCUGAAAUAGCAGUUCCUUUCAAUGAAACAUGUACAACGGAACAAAACACUACCUCUCCUUGUCAAAGCCCCAUAAAGAUACUUGAUCAGCAAAUGUCUCCAGUAGCUGCAAAUUGUGGUGCCAAAGCUAAAAAUAAUUUGCUGGCCUCGCCUUCUCCACGUAGCUCAAGAAGGUUGUUCGACACGUCUGUCUCUGACCAGAAAACAGAAUCAGGCAAAUUUUUGAUAACUUUUACUAAAUAAACAAUUAUCUGAAUCAGGAUAAGCUGUUGAUUAAACAAAAUUAAUGUUUUGUCUACAGGUGUCCGUUCUUGUUCUUCGAGCUUCUUGUCAUUUCAGAAAUUGGUUGUCUCUAAACUGAACGAGAUUAUCUUAAACAUUGAGGGCAUGAAAAUGGAGAUGAAAGAGUUCAGAGUACAACUAGCAACCAACAAGUCAGCUGUUGCUACAUCACUCACCUUGGAGUCAGAUCUAUUAGACAUCCCCCUGCCCCUUCAAGAUGUGGAGUCGUUCAAAUCUUUUGUUGCCAGGCUGAAUAGUGAGGACAAUUUUCAUAAUGAAAUGAUGCGGCUCUUGGUUGCCAGAAGCAUUCACCUUGGUGCACGGCCCAUAGAAAGCAACCAGAAAAGAGUAGCAAUCGUUUUGAAAAGCAACAUCCUCCCCUGGCUUUUUGCCCCACAACUCGUAGCUGACCUCUCCUUGACAAAAAUAAAAUGCUGGGAAGGAGGGAAAAAUUUCUUUAAAUUCUUAACUGAUGUGAUCAACACGAGCAAAUUAUGCUCUGCAAAUUUCUCCAUGGUUGAGUCUUGCUUCGGUGAUUACUGCAGACGAAAAGGAAGUGAGUUCCGAAGGGUAGGAAAAGUGGCUACCAAGAGGAAAACAAAGAGCCCCAACAAAGAAGUGCAAUCCCCAAAGAAAAGACCUGAGGUUGGCUCCCGCCCAAAAUGCAGCACAGCAACCAGUGUCUUUGACCCAAGGUCUCCCAAGAAAAAGAUGGUAAAUGCAAAGGUCAGACGUUUGGCUAUCGAAUCUUCCUGUUCUGACGAAGAAGAGAUGAGUUCUCCUCUGAAAAGGAUAAAAAUUAGGUCUCCCAAGAAAAAGAUGGUAAAUGCAAAGGUCAGACGUUUGGCUAUCGAAUCUUCCUGUUCUGACGAAGAAGAGAUGAGUUCUCCUCUGAAAAGGAUAAAAAUUAGGUAUGCCAAAAAGUCCCAGGGCAAUCUGAGUUCCUCAGACGAAGCCCUCGCUUAAGCGAGAAAUGCAUCAAGUCUUCUGUUACUUCCUAGCUACUGGUCAUUAUCAACAUUAUACCUUAAUAUAUGCGUCACCAGCUCCUUCCUGCCACGACUUAAACCAUCAUGAGAGUUAAGACACCAUUCCUCUGACUAUCAAAUUCUUGUAAACUGCAUUGUAAGUUUUUAUUUCAUUAAUUAAACUGAAAAAAAUCAUAAUUUCAGAUUUUAAUUGCUUUAAUACAGAAAACCAUUUCCCCCAUAUAAUUUUAGAAAUUUGCCCA